ACCUUCCUGUGUGAGGGGUACCCUAUCGAUCUGCGCUGCCCGGGGAGUGAUGUCAUCAUGAUCGAAACCGCCAACUACGGCCGCACAGACAACAAGAUAUGCGACGCCGACCCGUUCCAGAUGGAGAACAUUAAUUGCUACCUCCCGGAUGCAUAUAAAAUCGUAUCUCAAAGGUGUAACAAUCGGACGCAGUGUGUUGUCAUCACUGGCUCGGAUGUCUUUCCAGAUCCAUGUCCUGGGACGUACAAGUAUCUUGAGGUCCAGUAUGAAUGUGUGCCAUACAUUUUUAUUUGCCCUGGGACUCUGAAAGCGGUAGGAGAUCCAGCCUUUGUCUUUGAGGCUGAACAGCAAUCUGGAGCUUGGUGUAAAGACCCCCUGCAGGCGGGGGACAAGAUCUACUUCAUGCCAUGGACACCAUACCGCACCGACACACUCAUAGAGUACGCCUCGCUCGAUGACUUGCGAAGCGGUCGACAGACGACUACCUACAAGCUUCCGCAUCGAGUUGACGGAACUGGAUUUGUGGCCUACGAUGGGGCCAUCUUCUUCAACAAGGAACGCACACGAAAUAUCGUCAAGUUUGACUUGCGGACCCGGAUAAAGAGCGGGGAGGCCAUAGUCGCCAAUGCCAACUACCAUGACACCUCGCCCUACCGCUGGGGCGGGAAAACGGACAUUGACUUGGCGGUUGACGAACGGGGACUGUGGGUCAUCUAUGCUACAGAACAGAAUAACGGACGUAUCGUUCUCAGCCAACUCAAUCCUUAUACCCUGCGCUUUGAUGCCACAUGGGAGACAGUCUAUGACAAACGCUCCGCCUCCAAUGCCUUCAUGGUGUGCGGUAUUCUUCACGUGGUCCGUUCCACCUAUGAGGAGAAUGAAAGCGAGGCCAGUAAGAGCCAAAUUGACUAUGUGUAUAACACCAAACUGGGGCAGGGGGAGAAUGUCAAUAUACUCUUCCCUAACCAGUAUCAGUACAUUGCAGCUGUGGAUUACAACCCAAGGGAUAACCAGCUAUAUGUGUGGAAUAAUUUUUACAUUCUGCGAUACAAUCUGGAGUUUGGGCCACCCGAUCCGGACGAAGUACCAACGGUCUCUGAUGACGUUACAUCAGCGGUGCAGCCUAGAAGAUCCACUCCUGGAGUCAGGAGCAGCACUGCCAGCUUCACCCUCAGACCUGCGCUCAGCAUCACCGUCACUCCCGACCCGGCAGCCGUGGACCGCCCCGAGCCGCCGCCGGACCCCAGCGCCGUCAGCCCGCCCCCCUCCAGCAGACGCUUCUGCGACGGGACGGAGAGGAGAGGAAUCUCCUGGCCGCAGACACACCGAGGAGCCACAGUGGAGCGGCCGUGUCCUAAAGGAACUCGAGGAAUCGCUCUGUUCCUCUGCACGUCUGCCGACGGGAUCUGGAGUCCCAGAGGUCCUGAUCUCAGUAACUGUACGUCUCACUGGGUGACACAGCUGGCACAGAAGAUCCGGAGCGGUGAGAACGCUGCGAAUCUGGCGAACGAGCUGGCGCGUCACUCUCAGGGUCCCGUGUACGCGGGCGACGUCAGCUCCUCUGUGCGGCUCAUGGAGCAGCUGGUGGAUAUACUGGACGCUCAGCUGCAGGAGCUCAAACCCAGCGAUAAAGACACGGCCGGACGGAGCUUCAACAAGGCCAUUGUGGACACGGUUGACAACCUCCUGAGGCCAGAAGCCCUUAAAUCCUGGGAGGACAUGAAUUCCACAGAGCAAACACAUGCUGCCACGAUGUUACUCGAUACCCUGGAGGAAGGAGCCUUUGUCCUUGCAGACAACCUGAUCGAGCCCGCAGUCGUCAGAGUGCCUGCCGAGAACAUCAUGUUGGACGUGUACGUGUUGAGCACUGACGGCCAAAUUCAGGACUUCAGGUUUCCACAGAACAGCAAAAGAGGAGCCACGAUUCAGCUCUCCGCAAACAUGGUCAAGCUAAACAGUAAAAACGGUGUUGCCAAGUUGGUUUUUGUCCUUUAUAAGCACUUGGGGCAUUUCCUCAGUACGGAGAACGCUACGGUGAGGCUGAUGGGAGAAGACGGAGUCAGAAACCACAGCCUGACCAUCAACUCCCACAUCCUCUCCGCCUCCAUCAACAAAGAAUCCAGCCGCGUCUUUGUGUCCGAACCACUCAUCUUCACUCUGGCGCAUUUGGAUACUGAGAACUACUUCAAUCCAAACUGCUCAUUUUGGAACUAUUCUGAGCGGAGCAUGACGGGAUACUGGUCAACACAAGGCUGCAAACUCCUCGCGACAAACAAGACUCACACCACUUGCUCCUGCAGCCACCUGACUAACUUUGCAAUCCUGAUGGUCCAUCGAGAUGCACACGCGGGUGUGGGAAGCGUUCACGAGUUCCUGCUGACAGUUAUCACACGAAUGGGCAUCGCCGUUUCACUUGUCUGCCUUGCCAUUAGCAUCUUCACCUUCUGCUUCUUCCGUGGCCUCCAGAGCGAUCGCAACACCAUCCACAAGAACCUCUGCAUCAACCUCUUCAUCGCAGAGCUUCUGUUUCUUGUGGGCAUCAACAUGCUUUUGUAUUUGAAACCCAACCGAAUAGCUGUUCUUAUAAAAACAGCUUCGAAGACUAAACUCCUCUGUCUUUCCUCUCAGAUUGUGUGCUCUGUGAUUGCUGGAGUUCUGCAUUUCUUCUUUCUUGCCACAUUUGCCUGGAUGUGUUUGGAGGCCGUUCAGUUGUUCCUCAUGCUUGUGGAGGUCUUUGAGAGUGAAUUCUCUAGACGAAAAUACUAUUACGCAUCUGGCUACCUGUUCCCCUGUGUGGUGGUUGGCAUUUCGGCAGCCAUCGACUAUAAGAGCUAUGGGACGAGGAAAGCCUGUUGGUUGAGGGUUGAUAAUCAUUUCAUUUGGAGUUUCAUUGGCCCGGUUACGUUCAUCAUUAUGCUCAAUCUCAUCUUUCUGGUGGUGACCGUGUACAAGAUGGUAAAGCACUCAAUGUCUAUGAAACCUGAUUCCAGUCGACUGGAAAGCAUACGGUCCUGGGUGUUUGGUGCUUUUGCACUGCUGUGUCUGGUUUGUCUGACGUGGUUGUUCGGCCUGUUUUUCUUGAACGACUCUUCAGUAAUCAUGGCGUACCUCUUCACUAUCUUCAACACUUUACAAGGGAUGUUCAUCUUCAUCUUCCACUGUCUUCUGCAGAAGAAGGUGCGUAAAGAGUACAGUAAGUGUUUCCGGCAGUCUCAGUGCUGUACUGGUCUUCCUGCUGAAGGAUCUCAUGCUGUCAACAAAACCCCGGCCUCCAGGUCCACUGCUCGAUAUUCAUCUGCUACACAGAGCCGCAUCAGGAGGAUGUGGAACGACACUGUGAGGAAACAGUCAGAGUCGUCCUUCAUCUCCGGAGAUAUCAACAGCACUUCCACACUAAACCAAGGAAUGACCGCCAACUAUCUGCUAACUAACCCUCUCCUCAGACCUCACGACACUAACAACCGCUAUAACAACCUUCUUGCCGAAACCAUCGUCUGCAACACACCUUCUCCUCCAGGCCAGCACUCGCUAACCAACAGCCGGGAUGUCAGCACUAUGGACACGCUCCCUCUCAAUGACAACUUCAACAACAGUUACUCACCGCGAGAGGACGACUACGAAGACCCCGAGUUGUGCUGCCCACCCGGUGACGCUUUGCCUCUGGAUGACGCUGCCUUUGAGAAGAUGAUCAUCUCCGAGCUGGUUCACAACAACCUGAGGCCUCGUCGGCCACCUCAAAACCAAAACAGUUCAAAAUGCCAACCGGCAUCAGACAGCAGCCUCCGGGGUCCGCAGGAAACCUUAGACGUGGGUGUCGGAAAUAGAAACCGGAGUGAAGAUGAUGCCAUUAUUGCCGACACCUCCGUUUUGCCACCAUCCUCUAGCCACCCAGCGUUGGAGCUUCUUCUCCUUCACCCGAACGACCGGGAGGCCCUCAAAGCCCCGCUUUUGCCCCAACGAACUCAUUCGCUUCUUUACAGCGCUCAGAAGGCAUCCCAACAGGCCGUCAAACUGCAGAAGGACAGCAGAAAGGCAGAAGAAGAUGAGGAGAGCGCGAAAGAUUUAGACAACGCACCCUCUCCAAAUAACAGGGACUCGUUGUACACAAGCAUGCCCAAUCUUAGAGACUCUCAGUCCUCUGAAUCCCCCGACCUUGUCAGCAGACAGGAUGACGGUUCUCCUUGCUCAUCCGCCCAAAGUGAAACUGAGGAACAAUGCUACAAGAGCUUGCCCGACCUGGGAGAUGGGACUCAACCACUUUCCUACUAUCAGAUCAGCCAUCGAGGCACUAGCGAGGGCUGUAUUGGCCCCGGGCUCCCCGAGGGCUGCCUUCCACUAGAGGACGAACCCACUAGCGAUGGACAGAUGCAGCUAAUCACCAGCCUCUGAGCCAAGAAUGUUCCCUAUUCUUUUGCUUCUCCCAUCCACAGACGACACAAAGACAGGACUAGUCAACGGCACAAUGAGUUGUUUUUAGUAACAGAACUGACGGUCUGGUCAAACUCUUCUGUUGUACUAAUUAAACUGCUCGAAGACUGGCAUCAUCAUCAUCAUCUGCCAAAAGAUUUGUACAGUAUAUAUAUAAAAAAAGAAACAUGCCAAUGUCUGAUUUUUGUAGGACUUUGAAAACUCUCACAGCCAGUUUGCAGGUGAAUCUUCCCUUCUUGGAAAUACAGAAAAGACUGUGAUACAGAAAAUGAAAAGAAUGAAUUAAUAUCCCUGACUCAGGCCUUAUAUUUUCUCUAUUGCACAAAUAACUGUUGUACGAAUGACAACUAAAGAAAAUCUAUUUUGCAGUACCAGGUGUAAAAAAAAAAAAAGCCAGUUCAAACCCAUAAUCACCACAUCUCUUCUUGUGAAUGAAGUGUUCAGUUAUGGAUUGUAUCAUGGAAGUUGUAUUUUGCCAACGUAAAUGUACAAAAAGAAGCUUCCUUAUUUUUUUCAGCUUAAAGGAAGUUGUGUCUUGCACAAAUCUGGAGUGAAUUGGAUUAAAAAAAAUGCUUUGACUUUGUCAGGGAUCAAUAACAUUAAUGCGUGUCAACACAAUGUCUUAAAAACAUAUCUCAGUAUUUGGCACUAAGUAAUUUAUUAUAUGAAGUAUGAAGUAAAAAAGGGUCGGAAUGAAAGUGGGUGUGAUGUAACUGUUGAUAUUCACUUCAGUCUUUUUUGAGACCCCAUUGUCGUUGCAGAUGUACAUUCAACUCUUGUUUGAUAUCGAAUAAAUGUGAUGAUUUUUU